AUGGCGGAGAAGCGCCCCUCACCUUCCUCAGCAGCACGCGAACGACCACGAGAGAAGCGACAAGUAGUCCGCAAUCUACAGCACACCCAGCACCGACCCGAGCAUGUCGAGCCCGUGCCUCCGAGUGCAGCGUUCACCCAAGCGCAAAUGCUUAAAAGCAUCGGCGCAGCUCUCACUGCCGCCGGCUUCGAUGGCGUGCAGCCCGCAGCGCUAGAGAUGUUUCGAUCGCACACCGAGGAGUACAUGCUGCACUUCGCAACAUAUAUACGGACAUCAAUGAACAGCGGGAGGAGGAUGACACCAAUCGCGCAAGACUUCAGCAUGGCGCUGUCACUCACGCCCAACACUGCUUCGGCUUCACUACUCAGACCGCAACUCCAGCUCCCGCUGCCCGAGAGCAUAUCAUACCCAUCCAUCCCCGAACCCGAUCCAGCCGAGCCUGCCCUACCAGACUUCUCCGGCCUUCUGCACUCACUCACUUCACGGUCGCAACCAGGGUACAUACCCUCACACUUCCCAGCACUGCCGCCAAAACACUCCUGGCAGCAAACACCCGUCUUUCCGAAACGCGAAAAGGAUGUGCGACAGAUGCGCGAGGAGGCGACGAAAGAAGGCAUGCUGGCAGAGCAAGCGCUGAGGAAGCUCGCGACGGCUGCCAAGGCCGGAGCUGAAAAGGCCGAGAAGAGGAGAGGCAACAUACUUAGUGGGCCGGGUAAGGCGAGAGGUGGUGUGAGCGGCAAAUGGGCAGCGGGGAAGGAGGAAAGCUUUGCGGAUCUGCUGAGUGACGGUGGAGUGGUUGGGGAGGGUGGGGUUCGUAUGGGACAAGCAGGCGACAGAGGAUCGAACGAGGGCGGGACGGACAAUGCCGUGGUCAAUUAUGACCUGAGUCACUGGCGGCGUGGUGGCCAGCGCCGUGGUGCGAGGAGGUAG